AUGACAACCACAUAUGUGAAUCAUGACCGUCAAAACUCAACCCAGGACAUCACACGUCUACUAAACAACAUUGCCUUUGCCGAAGAUAUACUCGACAUGGAUCUAUUCCAGAACUGCUGGGCGUCCGAUCAGCCAAUCGAACUCGACCUCACAGGACAUCUGAGCCAUUAUGAGAAGCAGCACAUAGCAUCCAAGGACCUGGCAGCGAUGGUGAAAAGAGCACUGAGCGGCUUCGAAGGAACGCAGCACGUCCUAUCCAAUUUUAUGAUCGACAUUGACUCCAACGAUGAGAACAAGGCCGUGGCUCGGGCGUACGUGACUGCAUAUCAUUAUCUCCAAAGAGACUCAACAUCCAGAGAGAAAAGGGCGAUUAUGCGUGGUAUGUGGAAUGUACGCGUGAGAAAGAAUCCGUCAUCGGGGAGAUGGGAGGCCAUCGGGAUCAAGGUUGAUCGCUUUGUGCCCAUUGAAGGGGACGAAACUCUUUACGAUGAAGCAAAGUCUCGCCAUGACCAAGGCAAGGGCCGGGCAGUUGUAUCAUAA